CUGCCUGAGCUUCUGAGCGAGCGCGGUGCUUUCGGGAACGCGGGACCGGCGACCCGCGGCGCCAGGAGCUGGGCCGAGGCGCGCCGGCGCGGCUGCCGGCUGCCGUCUGGAUGGGAAGUUACCGCGAAGUCCACCCAGCGUUUCUGAGGCAAUCUGAAGGCAAAUCCUGUUUAGACCCAGGCGAAGGUUCCUGGUGACCCAGGCUCUCACCAGCCAGUUGUCCCUUGCCGUCCUCCUGAAGGUGUCUGAAGCUUCAGUGCUUUAUGUUCUUGGCCUCCACACUGGGGAUGCCACUGACUCCCACUGUCCAGGGCUUCCAGUGGACUCUCCAAGGCCCUGAUGUAGAAACUUCCCCAUUCGGUGCCCCAAGAGCAGCCUCACAUGGUGUGGGCCGACAUCAAGAGCUGCCAGAUCCAACAGAAAUGAGGUAUAGGAGAGAGAAACACAUACUUGGAAAGAACUGACCCAGCUGAAUUGGAAAAUGUGGGAAGGAGAUGGGAAGAGGCUGGUCCACCUGAGAUCUGGCUCCAGGACUUACAGCAAGGGGAACGUGGGCAAGUUACAGACUCUCUGUGCCUCAGUUUCUUCAGCAAAACAGAAUCAUCCCAUAAACUGUAAGGUCAGUGCUAUCAGUGGGUCCCCAGAUUGACUGCACAUCUGAGUCAUGUUAACAAACACAUUCCAGGCCCCACCUGAGCCCUCUGAAUCAGAAUCCCUGCAAGGAGGACAAUGAACUUGCAUUUGCACUGACUUUCCCAACUGUUUCUUACUUUGGUCACCUUGGGGGUAGGACCCAUUGAGCUGCACCACAUCAUUCCAAAGCCAAAAUGCAACAGCAGAACAAGAAUAUUUUCAAUGCAGUCUCUAAAGCAGAGGAGAAACUGUUGAGGGAACCUAGAAGUAAAGGAGAUCUGGCUUGCUGGGCUCCAUUUAAACUUUGAGUAUAGCAGAGACACGAGCCCUUCGGGACACAUGCCUGACACAGUGACACUCCAACUUCGGAAGAGUGGAAGCCCUAAUUUCAGAUUCAAGCAUGCUUUGAGUAGAAAUUAAGUUUACCUCUUUUUGCACAGCAAGAUGGCCAGUCUUUCCUAAGCUGCUCACCUUACAAGAAAAAGAAUUGUACUGCUAAGAAUUCAGACUUCAGCAGUCAUAGGGAGCCUUGGGAGGAGCCCGAAUCACUGAUGGAAUUGGACAGUGCAUGGAGAUGGUUCAGCAGGACGAGGUCCCUGGCCCCACCUCUUCUGCCACAAAUGUCAGCAUGGUGGUAGCUGCCGGCCUUUGGUCCAGUGAGAAGGCAGAGAUGAACAAUCUAGAAAUCAACAAGAAAUCGCACCCCCAGCUGGUAGAGAACAAACAGGAGUUCAGAAACCUCCAACAGAAAUUUCUUGUAACUCAAGUGGCCUACUUCCUGGCCAAAGGGCAGAAUAAUUAUGAGUAUGAAGACUGCAAAGACCUCAUAAAGUCUAUGCUGAGGGAUGAGCGGCUGUUCAUGGAAGAGGAGCUUUCACAGCAGCUCAGGCAAUAUGAAGUCCUGGUUUUCUCUCGGGAACGGCAGCUCACCCAGUUAAGCGUGAAGUUACGGGAAGGGAGAGAUGCCGCCCGCUCAUUGAUUGGGCAUCUCCAGGCCCUUCUCACUCCGGAUGAGCCCGACGAGUCCCAGGGGUGGGACCUCCGAGAACAGCUGGCUGAGGGAUGUAGGCUGGCACAGCGCCUCUUCCAAAAGCUCAGCCGAGAAAAUGACGAAGAUGAAGAUGAAGAUGUUAAAGUUGAGGAGGCUGAGAAAGUAGAGGAAUUAUGUGCCCCCAGGGAGGUGCAGAAGGCUGAAGAACAGGAAGUCCCUGAGGACUCACUGGAGGAAUGUGCCGUCACUUGUUCCAAUAGCCACGGCCCUUAUGAGUGCAACCAGCCUCACGGGAACACCAAAAUCACAUUUGAGGAAGACCAAGUCGACCCACCUCUAGUUGUAGACAGUGCGUCCUCUGAUGAUGAGCGGCAGGAUGCUCCAAACCUUCUCCCAGACCCUGGCCCCAGCUCUUCUGCCACAAACGUCAGCAUGGUGGUAUCUGCCGGCCAUUGGUCCAGUGAGAAGGCAGAGAUGAACAUUCUAGAAAUCAACAAGAAAUCGUGCCCCCAGCUGUUAGAGAAGAAACAGGAGUUCAGAAACCUCCAACAGAAAUUUCUUGUAACUCAAGUGGCCUACUUCCUGGCCAGUGGGCAGAAUAAUUAUGAGUAUGAAGACUGCAAAGACCUCAUAAAGUCUAUGCUGAGGGAUGAGCGGCUAUUCGUGGAAAAGCAGCUAGCAGAGCAGCUCAGGCAAUAUGAAGUCCUGGUUUUCUCUCGGGAACGGGAGCUGACCCAGUUAAGCGUGAAGUUACGGGAAGGGAGAGAUGCCACCCGCUCAUUGAUUGGGCAUCUCCAGGCCCUUCUCACACCGGAUGAGCCCGAGUCCCAGGGGUGGGACCUCCGAGAACAGCUGGCUGAGGGAUGUAGGCUGGCACAGGACCUCCUCCAAAAGCUCAGCCCAGCAACUGCCGAAGACGAGGAUGAGGAUGUUAAAGUUGAGGAGGCUGAGAAAGUAGAGGAAUUCUGUGCCCCCAGGGAGGUGCAGAAGGCUGAAGAACAGGAAGUCCCUGAGGACUCACUGGAGGAAUGUGCCGUCACUUGUUCCAAUAGCCACGGCCCUUGUGAGUGCAACCAGCCUCAUGGGAACACCAAAAUCACAUUUGAGGAAGACCAAGUCUACUCAAGUCUGAUUGACUCAUCCUCUCAUGAUGAAUGGUUGGAUGCUGUACACAUUAUCCCAGAAAAUGAAAGUGAUCAUGAGGAAGAGGAAGAAAAAGGGCCAGUGUCUCCCAGGAAUCUGCAGGAGUCUGAAGAGGAGGAAGCCCCCCAGGAGUCCUGGGAUGAAGGUGAUUCGACUCUCUCAAUUCCUCCUGACAUGUCUGCCUCAUACCAGUCUGACAGGAGCACCUUUCACUCAGUAGAGGAACAGCAAGUCGGCUUGGCUCUUGACAUAGGCAGACAUUGGUGUGAUCAAGUGAAAAAGGAGGACCAAGAGGCCACAGGUCCCUGGCUCAGCAGGGAGCUGCUGGAUGAGAAAGAGUCUGAAGUCUUGCAGGACUCACUGGAUAGAUUUUAUUCAACUCCUGGGUAUCUGGAGCUGCCUGACUUAUGCCAGCCCUACAGAAGUGCGUUUUACUCAUUGGAGGAGCAACACCUUGGCUUGGCUCUUGAUGUGGACAGAAUUAAAAUAGACCAAGAAGAGGAAAAAGACCAAGAAGAGGAAGAAGACCAAGGCCCACCAUGCCCCAGGCUCAGCAGAGAGCUGCUGGAGGUAGUAGAGCCUGAGGACUUGCAGGACUCACUGGAUAGAUGUUAUUCGACUCCUUCCAGUUAUCUAGAACAGCCUGAUUCAUGGCAGCCCUACUCAUUGGAGGAAGAAUAUAUUGGCUUUUAUCUUGACGUGGAUGAAAUUGAAAAGUACCAAGAAGGGGAAGAAGAUCAAAACCCACCAUGCCCCAGGCUCAACGGGGUGCUGAUGGAAGCAGAAGAGCCUGAAGUCUUGCAGAACUCAGUGGAUAGACGUUAUUCGACUCCUUCAACUUACUUUGAACUAGAUGCCUCAUUCCAGCACUACAGAAGUGACUUUUACUCAUUUGAGGAAGAGCAUGUCAGCUUGGCCCUUGACGUGGACAAUAGGUUUUUUACUUUGACGGGGAUGAGGCACCACCUGGUCUUCCAGGUGGGAGGCAUAUUCCCACACUAAGCAGCCCUUACUAAGCUGAGAGAUGUCAUUGCUGCAGGCAGGACCUGUAGGCACAUGUAGGUUUGAAUGAAACUGUAGUUCCCUUUGGAAGCCCAGGCAAAAGUUUUUAAUUCUAUAGAUUAAAAUAAUUUUGGACAAAAACUAAAACUCAAUAGGAUGGGAAAGUGGGCAUGGCUCUAUUCCUAUUCUCAGACCAUGCCAGUGGCCACCUGUGCUCAGUCUGAAGACAUUGGACCCAAGUUAGGUGUGACACGUUCACAUGACUAUGUAGCACAUGCCGGGAGUGAUCUGCCAGACAUCCUAAUUUGAACCAGAUAUCUCUGGGUAGCUACAAAGUUCCUCAGGGAUUUCAUUUUGCAGGCAUGUCUCUGAGCUUCUAAAUCUGCUCAAGGUCAAUGUCAUCUUUGUGUUUAGCUCAUCCAAAGGUGUUACCCUGGUUUCAAUGAACCUAACCCCAUUCUUUGUAUCUUCAGUGUUGUUUUAGCUGAUCCAUCUGUAACACAGGAGGGAUCCUUGGCUGAGGAUUAUAUUUCAGAGCCACUGACUGCUCUUGACAAUUGUUAACCCACUAGGCUCCUUUGAUUAGAGAAGCCAUAGUCCUUCAGUCUCCAAUUGAUAUCAAUACUUAGAAAGACCACAGCUAGAUGGACAAACAGCAUCAAGAGGCCUUAGCCCUGCUCCUUUCAAUUCCAUCCUGUAAGAAACAGGAGUCAGGAGCCGCUGGCAGGGGACAGCAUGUCACCUGGGACUCUGCCGGUGCAGAAUAUGAACAAUGCCAUGUUCUUGCAGAAAACGCUUAGCCUGAGUUUCAUAGGAGGUAAUCACCAGACAACUGCAGAAUGUAGAACACUGAGCAGGACAACUGACCUGUCUCCUUCACACAGUCCACGUCACCACGAAUCACACAGCAAAAAGGAGGAGAGAUAUUUUGGGUUCAAAAAAAGUAAAAAGAUAAUGUAGCUACAUUUCUUUAGUUAUUUUGAACCCCAAAUAUUUCCUCCUCUUUUUGUUGUUGUCAUUGAUUGUGGUGACAUGGACUUGUUUCUAGAGGGACAGGUCAGCUGUCUGGCUCAAUGGUCUACAUUCUGAAGUUGUCUGAAAAUGUCUUCAUGAUGAAAUUCAGCCUAAACGUUUUGUCAAGAACACUGCAGAGUCAAUACUGUGAGUUUCCAACCUCAGCCCAAAUGUGGGCAGAGAAGGUCUAGUUUGUCCAUCAGCAUUAUCAUGCUAUCACGACUGGUUACUUGGCUAAGGAGGGGUCUAGGAGAUCUAUCCCUUUUAGAGACACCUUACUUAUAAUGAAGUAUUUGGGAAAGUGGUUUUUAAAAGUAUCAAUGUCUUGUAUUCCGAUGAUCAUCCUCUAAACAUUUUAUCGUUUAUUAAUCAUCCCUGCCUGUGUCUAUUAUUAUAUUCAUAUCUCUACACUGGAAAUUUUCUGUCUCAAUUUUUACUGUGCCUUUGUUUUCGCUAGUGUCUGUUGUUAAAAAAAAAAAAAAAUUCUCUGCCUGGGUUUUAAUUUUUGUCCAAAGUUAUUUUAAUCUAUACAAUUAAAAACUUUUGCCUAUCACUCUGGACUGUUGGAUUGGUUUUUAUAUUCAGUGUUAUAAUCUUUUGUUAUGCUGAUUGGUUUUGGUGGGUACUGAUGCGAAUUAAUAAAAACAUUUUCAUUUCCCUGUU